CUGCUGCGGCUGGCGGCGCGAGGGGAGGGGCGGCACUGGCAAGGGCGGUGGCUCGUGCUGAGGAGGCCGGAGGGCAGGUGGACCUGCGGGCUGGGAGGGCUCCGCGGCCCCUUUACAACUCAUUUUCUUCGCAUCCACCUCCGCAGGGCGGCAGCUGGUGGCGCGAUGGACCUGGCCGGGCUCCUGCUGGACGAAGAAGGCACCUUCUCCCUCACCGGCUUCCAGGACUUUUCGUUCCUCCCGGGACACCAGAAGUUGAGUGCCAGGAUCCGGAGAAGACUUUACUAUGGCUGGGACUGGGAGGCUGACUGUAACCUGGAAGAGCUCUCCAGCCCCAUGGCAGACAUUGCCGUGGAACUGCUCCAGAAGGCAGCCCCCAGCCCUAUUCGCCGUCUCCAGAAGAAAUAUGUAGCCCAUGUGUCCCGGGAGGCGUGCAUCUCCCCGUGCGCUAUGAUGCUAGCUCUGGUGUACAUUGAGCGGCUCCGGCACCGAAACCCGGACUACCUACAGCACGUGUCCUCCUCUGACUUGUUCCUGAUCUCUAUGAUGGUGGCUAGUAAGUACCUCUAUGAUGAAGGGGAGGAGGAGGAGGUCUUCAACGAUGAAUGGGGAGCUGCAGGGGGUGUGGCCGUGCCCGCUCUCAAUGCCCUGGAGAGGGGCUUCCUGAGUGCCAUGGACUGGCGUCUCUACACUGACCCUCGGGAGAUCUUUGAGGUGCUGAGCUGGUUGGAGAGCUGUGUGGCCGAGCAUCAGGGACGACGACGGGGCUGGUACACCUAUACGGACCUGUGUGUGCUGCUGGAGCAGCCGGCCUGGCAGCUGGCCCUGGGCUCCCUCUGCCAUCAGCUGGCAAAGCUGUCCUGCCUACUAGCGAUAGCAUAUGUGAGCAGCGUGGCCCUGGCUGUGGCAUCAGUGGCGGUAAUAUACCAGUCCUUGGGACUGUCCUGCAGCCCUCCACCUGGCCCCCCGGACCUUGGACUGGCCUCCAGGUGCCUCUUGGAACCCUGCAUACCUUCUCCUGUGCCACAGUGCCUGCCGUCUCCUGCCAAUGUCUCCAGCUGCCCGGGAAGCGACAUAAGGCUGCAUUCACUCUGGGACAGUCUUCUGGCCUCAUUGACCCCCCCGCCAUUGCCUCCCCCAGACCCUCCUGCCCCUCCCACUCUUCUCCAUAACUGUCCCCUUUGCCAGAAGCUCCAGAAAGACUUGCCAACCUGUCGUGCCUGCCAGCAUCCCAACCAUACGGCGCCCACAGGGCCCCCAAGUCCCUGGUACCACUCCUACGGCCCGGCUCCGCCCUGGGCCUGGAGCCCCAUGCCCUCCUUGCUCCCACAGCCCCAGGAGUGUUCCCUUUUUGGCAUCAUGGAGCUGGCCCGCCUUAAGUCUUUCAUUUUCCCAGGCUAGGUGGGGUUCAGAGGAAUGCCUGGUGAGGACGUGGGAGUCCCUGAGAGCCUGGAGGAAGAAUGCUUGAUUUAGAUCCUCUCUACCUCUCUGGGUCCUUGGCGGGUCCCCUGUUAUACUGGGUGAGGGGGCUUAAGGGGUGAUGGGGCAGAAGGCCUAAAGGUCACCUGCUCUUUUAGACGUCAGCGGCUGGCUGCUUGGGCCAGCAGCGAUGGUGCCGUGGAAAGAAAGCCUCAGUCCAGUGACCAGGGGCAUGCCGCAGGCGGACAGAGAAGCCCUUGUCUCGUUACCUCCAGACUCUUUCUAGACUAGCUUCUUAGUUCCCUGGGAUGAGAGGGUAAGGUGGGAGAUGAGAGUUGGGGGAGGGAGGUGGGGAGGGAGGGAAUGCUCGCCGGGCUCUGUGUGAUGUCUCUGAGGCAAGAGAGCCAGGGACUGAUUGGGCCGAGGGGAGCGCUGCUGAGCGAAGGCCGGUGAGCGGGGAACCCGACCCACACCUGCCCUGUGGAUGUAGUCUGAAGGAGUCAGGGACUGCGGGACCCUCAGCCUUGCCCUCUGGUCUUCCCACCUUUUCCUUUUAGUACUCUGCUCCUGGGCUUCCAGUUCUUCCAGUUCCUCUCCUGGGUGUUCUCACAGGCCUCUCUGGCCACUGCUUUGUAUCUGGGUUUUUCCACGCUUUUGUAGAACUGAGGUUUCAAUAAACAGUUUUAGUUGCA